AUGAAAAAUGUAAUUACUCUGAAGUAAAUGAAAGAUAGAUAAAGAGGACGGCUUUUGUUGAGGAUGGGCGUUAGUAAAUGAGUUUGAUUUGAGUAGAACGUGGUUUUGGAUCUCACAUUUGUUGUACCUCGGCAAACCCUCGUCGAGCACAGCCGGGCAUCUAAUGGCGGCGAUGUGGGUAUUCGGGUACGGUUCUCUCAUCUGGAAAGCAGGAUUUCACUAUGAUGACCGCCUUGUUGGUUUCAUCAAAGACUAUCGUCGUGUCUUCUAUCAAGGAAGUACCGACCACAGAGGCACUCCAGAGUAUCCAGGAAGAACUGUAACUUUGGAACCUGCACCCGGGGAGCUUUGUUGGGGCGUUGCCUACAAGGUGUCGAGGAAGGAAGAUCAAGAAGUUGCAUUAACGUAUCUAGAAGUGAGGGAGAAGCAGUAUGACAAGAAGGAGUAUGUUGAUUUCUUCACUAAAGAGACGGGGGGUUCAUCAGCGGCUGUUACGGGGGUAAUGGUAUAUAUAGCAUCUCCGGAUAAGGCCAAUAUCAACUACUUGGGACCCGCUUCAGUUGAAGAGAUAGCCAAGCAAAUUGUUCACGCAGAAGGGCCCUCUGGACCCAACCGAGACUACCUUUUCAACCUUGAAAAGACGCUGCUACAAAUGGGAUGCAAGGAUGAACAUGUUAUGAAGAUUGCAGAUGAAGCAAGAAAAUUGAUCCAAGGAGCGAAUUCCAGUUAAUAUAAUUAGUUAAAUAAUCGAUUCAUAUUGUUGAGCAUCACUUCACAUUCUCAAACAAUAUCAUUCUUGUUAUCAAUGAAUUGCAUGUAUAAGUGAUCAAGAAACUCCCUACUUAUUAUAUAUUCUUUUCUGCUAAAAACUAUAAUGAGCCAGAAUUUGGGCCCAAAAGUUAACUACUUUAACUUA